CAACAUUUUUGUUUGGUUAGCAACAUGUCUCACUUUGUAGCUUUUCUCACUCUUUUUCUCAUUACAAUAUGUCCAAUUUCUUUAUCCAUUUCUUGUGAUAAUAUCUAUUGGGAAUUUGUAACAUGUCUUAGGUAUGUCGCAGCUUAUGAAUCUGUUCCAACAACACGUUGUUGUAAAACUAUAGCUGAAUUCAAUAGAGAUGCAACACAAUCUGCAGAGAUUAUAUGUCAAUGUAUUGAGAAUUUGGCAAGUGAUUUGGAUAUUCGUUUUGAUCUUUCUAGGAUUGAUGAUCUUCCAAACAAGUGUAAUGAACCAAAACCUUUCCCUAUUUCGAAUAACAUGAAUUGCUCCAAGAUUAACCAUUGAAUAGAGAAGGGGUGUCUGGUGGAAAAUGGGAGGUGUAAAAAAUAAAAGAAAGGUUUAAAAAUAUUUCUAUCUAAGAAUGAAAAUCCAUGAAUUACAUUUUUAUUUUUUUUAUAAUUG